AACCGAGAUGGCUGAGGAGACGCAUGCGUUUGAGCAAACAUACAUUUUCAAUCUGCUUCCCAACAAAACCUUUACGUUUCAGCAAGAUCUUCAUACAACAGGACUGUUGAUGAAAUGGUCCAUGUUAGGGAGAAUUUCUGCUCAGGCCUUCAACUUUGACCAUACAUUCCAGUCUUAUAGGAAGAAUGACUUCGCUUUAAAUUUCUUUCAGGAUCCCUGUGUGAAAAACAACCUGAAGACCCUGGAUGCCUCUGGUGCAUGGAAACCUCUGGGUAGUGACGUUACACAUGUGGACGUGGAAACUGUUCCCUGCACUAAAGUGUCUGUAGACAUAUUUGAGCCAAUUUUCUCAAGUGGAAUCGUGCGUCCCUCCGGCCACAUUGUCAAAUGUUACCAUGAAGUUAACCCUGACUUUGAUGAGUUGAGAAUGAUGCUGCUGGAGGAGGACUCUGAUAAUUAUCAUGUGGUCAGUCCAUGUGACCGUCAGGAGUUCCUGUUUAGACUGUUUAAGCAUAUAGUACUGGGUGGUGAACUGUGCCAAUAUGAAGAUGUCAUCAGUCCUUACAUUGAAUCUGCAAAAAUGAUUUACAAAGAUUUGGUGAAUGUCCAGAAGGACUCAGACACAAGAGAGAUCCGAGUUGCCUCAACGAUCUUGAAAGUUGCUGCUCAUGAUGAAAAUGGCUUGUGCUAUCCUUCUGGAAGAGACAACGAGCAGACAUUUGCCUAUCUUUGCAUCGAUCCUUUCAAAAGACAUGUGUAUGUCUUAUACCACAGUUUUGGCAUUGGUCUCUUGUCUAAUAACAGUGUGCCAUGUUUUUGAUUUUCUGUUACAUAAUUAGGAGCCUUUCCUUUCACUAGCUGUGUGUUAUGAACUCGUGUUAUUGUUAAACUUUGAAUUCAUUUACAUCGUUUGAACAUUUCACAGUGAAUGGGCCAAUAGAACUGACCAGUUACUUGGAAUAAUUGUUAUAUUAGCUUAACAAUGUUUUUUUUUUCUUCUUAUGUAAAGCUACCAUUUGUGGAGAUACAAGAUUUUGUUAUGGCAGCAACAGUCUUCCCAUACUGAGCAUAAAAUGAAAGAAUAUGGACAACUGGUCUUUCUUCUUGUGGCAUAUAACAAAAGUAAUAUUUACUUGUUAAAGCUUCUUGAGUGUUUGUCUGUCAGGAAAACAAAGUUAUAUAUUUAAUGUGUAAAAUGUCAUCACCAACAACCACUACUGUAGCCACUGGUUAAAGAUAGGCUACUUAUCAGCAGAGAUGUUGCAGAAAGCGUGAGAGAUACAGAAAAAGAUUUUUUCAAAAGCUACAGCUGUAGCACCAUCUUCUGGACUAAAACUGAGAUGGGCUGUUUUAGUAAAUCUUUGUUUUUUAAGUGAUAUGUUUAGUUCAACAAUGAACACUAUUCAAUAUAUUCAUUGUGAGUGUUGCUCCCCAUAACUUGCUUAGUAUAUAUAGUAUUCGGUAAGUAAAAUAAGUUAGCAUACUGUCGCAUUUGUGGUUCAGAUGUCAGGUUGCUUGAAUCAUGGCCCUAAAGACAAUCAUCAUUUGAAAUAUAGCUCAAUAAAACUAUAUUGUUGAACAUG